UCAGUCUCCUUUCCCUUUACUUUCCUGUUAUUUCCCUUUUACUUUUCUUGACGCUGUUUUGCCGCACAAUUAAAAGCACAUGUUUCGUUCCGUGUUAAGAUUCAAUUCAAAAACACUUGUGACUUCAGUGUCCUGUAAAUCUCUAAAACGCCUCUAGACCAAAUAAGGUAACACGAAUUCUGUUGAUUCUUUCUUUCCUCUUGCCUCAGUUAUUAUUUUGUGUCAUAAAUUAGAAAAUCCAUAUUUUAACAAUUCCCUUAGUCGCCUUGUUCAGUUCAAUUAGAAAGUGGCUUCUUGCUUUUCACAAUUUUUUUGCUUAAGCAAUCGUUUUGACACCUUUCCUUUACAUAUUGCAGCAUAAACGAGCAAGAUUUUUGGGUUUCGGUUAAUGAACUUCGUGAGUUUAUUUUCUUGGAUUUGAAUUGCGACACUAACUUUGAGUCAUAAUAGAUUUUAUUUAUAAAAAAUUGAAGUGUAUAAUUUAAUUUGUUUCGUCUUUAUUGGUCGAGCUUAUUUGACACAAAGUUAUUGAACUGUCUUUUCAACAUUUAACACUUGAAGCGUUACCCUUAGAACUUUCACAAAUUACCGUUAUACCCCAUUAAGCGCUAUAAUACCAAUACCGAUUUACUCGUCCUAGACGGUAUACCACUCUCCAAGUUUUCCUGUUGGCUUGUAGCCUGAAGUAUCGGGUACUCGAAUAUUAACCUAAUACAGAACAGACAUUUUGCGGUCACACCUAUUUUAAUACUAUUACCCGUUGUUUGGGCUUCAUAUAGGACAUUUGUUUAUCUUCGCAAAUUUACAGAUUACCUCAAAUCUAGACAAAAUCUCGCUCUAUCAACUCUUUAGAAAUAAUCGCACUGUUUAUAUUCCUUUAAAAGAGUGGACAUCUCAUUUUGGAAAAAAACGUGUUUGUCUUCCGACUGAGCUUGAAAAAAAAGAGAUUUUCAAAGAUAAACUUCUUAAUUCCUCAAUUACGUCACAGAUCAUUUGGUGCAUUAUCCUUUUCUUCACGUUCGAUUUAGCUCAGCCAUCCAUCGAUUCUAUCAAUCCUGUAAGAGUCAAUUCUGCUUUAGAUUUGAAGUUCCCAGACCAGAAAAAGAUUUUUCUUCAAUUCGUUUGCAGAAGCAUUGAGUGUUUCUUUUGUCUCGCUUGGUGCACAAACUCAAAGACAGAUCGAAUCUAAAGACGUUGUUGAUUAUUUUCAAUUGACCUAUUCUCAAGUUCAAGUUGUCUAUCUAGCCAACGAUACCUUCGUCGACUUCUGUGUAUUCUGUGACCCAUACAAAGGCCCUCGAUCGAUAUGACGAUGACAAAGAAAGAGAAAUCCUUGGACAACGUAGCUCCAGAAAUAGCCACGAUUGACCGCGAAGGGCGCGAAACUUGGUCAGGUAAGUUUGAUUGCCUUAUGACCCUAAUAGGGUUCAGCGUCGGCCUGGGAAACAUCUGGCGGUUUCCCUACUUGUGCUUCAAAAAUGGCGGCGGAGUAUUCUUGAUUCCUUACUGCAUUGCUCUUUUUGGAGUCGGAGUUCCUCUCCUUUUCCUUCAAAUUGCCCUUGGACAAUUCAUGUCCAGAAGUGGACCGGACGCCUGGAACCUCUACCCCCUCUCCAAAGGUCUAGGAGUGGCUUCGAUUUUCAUCCAGUCUUAUGUCUCGCUUUACUAUAUAGUUAUCAUAGCCUGGAUUAUUUACUACUUCUACUCAACCUUGACUUUAGAAGCUCUACCUUGGACAACAUGUCUCGAAAGUUACGGCAAGUUUUGUCACAACGACACGUUCAAGAUGAGCUCCGAGGAUUUAAACGGAAGUUCUCCCGCUGAUUUCAAGGAACCAGCCGAGUUGUUCUGGACUAAAGGAGUUCUAGGACUGUCUGAAAGUAUGGAAUCAAUUGGCGGUGUCCAACUUCACAUGGCGUUGAGUCUUCUGGUGGCGUGGAUCAUAGUCUACGUUUGUAUCAUCAGAGGCAUAAAGUGGACCGGAAAAAUUGUAUGGUUCACCGGUUUGGUACCUUACGCAAUGUUGCUAAUCCUUCUCAUUAGGGCAUUGACUUUAGAAGGCGCAAUGACGGGCGUGAAAUUUUACCUCCAACCCGACUUUUCCAAGCUGUGGCAGGGCUCGGUCUGGCUAGAUGCUGGAACCCAGAUCCUGUUUUCCAUGGCACUGGGCGAGGGAACCCUGCCGACGUUGGGAAGCUACAACAAGUUCCAUCACAACAGCCUGCGUGACUCGUUCAUGUAUUCAAUUGUAAAUUGUAUGACUAGUUUUAUCGGAGGGUUUUGCAUUUUUGCCACUUUAGGUUACAUGGCCCAUGAGAGAAACAUUCCGAUUACCGAGGUCACCGAAAAGGGACCGGGGUUGACCUUCAUCGCGUACCCGAAGGCGCUGUCCUUGAUACCCUACGGAUCCAAGGUGCUCUCGGCUCUCUUUUUCUUCAUGAUGUUGUUCCUAGGACUUGACAGUGAAUUCGUGGCGGUGGAAGGACUCACAUGUCAGAUUAUGGACGCGGUUCCAAAAUUAUUUCGAUUCCGUUUUUCACGCCAAGUUCUCUUAACCUUUGUGAGCAUUCUCUGUUAUAGCAUUGGACUCAUUUUCACCACAAAUGCCGGAAUGUACUUCUUCCAGAUUCUGGAUUUUUACUCCGCCAGUGGAUUUGUGGUCCUGUUUCUCUGCUUUUCCCAGGCCAUCACAAUUGCAUACCUCUACGGCGGAAAACGAUUCAUGAACGACAUCGAAUCAAUGAUGCACAUUGGCAAAGUCAUGAAGCUCUAUCUUCUGUUUUGCUGGUACGUUGCAACUCCUGUGAUUUGCGUCUUCAUAACCGUGAUCUACUGGCUAAAAUUCUCACCACUGAAGUAUGCCGACUACACCUACCCGCUUUGGAGCUCAAUUAUUGGCUGGACAAUUGCCUUGUCAAGCUGUCUAGCCGUACCCGUAACUGCUCUUUACCAAGUGUACAUCAGCAGAAGUGAUUUGACGCUUCUGAAAACAGCGGUUCUGAAAGAGCAUCAAGUCCACCCGAAAACAGAGAUGCCCUUCCGAAUCAUGACGAGCGGUGUUGAAGCAAACACGACCUUUGGCGCGAUUGAUUUCACAGCCGAAGAACCACUCCCCAAAAAGGGCACUUGGCACAUUUCUGCAGUCUGAAAAGUCUCAAAAAUUCAUUUCGGCAUCUCGCCAAUCUGAACAAGGAGUGAGAAAAAGUUUUUUCUCCAAAAGAAGUUUCACUCAAGUCAACAAAAUAUUUUGAAUGUAAAAAAUUGAUCAGAAAGAUAAAAAAUUGUGAUGUUUUCUCGAAUGAUCUGUGAUUUAAAAAGUAAAUAACAUUUGCAAGUUGCUUUCUAUACAUUUGAUGGUCAAAAUAAGAUGACAGAUAAUUCAACAGUCAACAAGAACUCAAGCUGAGAAUUUAUCUACAGAAAUCAAAUAUAGGGUAAAUUUUACUCUAAACUUCAAGUUUUUUGAACUAGUUUGAAAACUAGACAGAAAAAUAGGGCAUGAAGAAUUCAAAAUUUGAGUAACAGAAGUUUGGUUUUUCCACGUCUUGAUCUUUUGGUAAUGUCGUCUUAAUUUCUUGUCGUCCUAAUAUCACGUCGUCUUAUUUAUCCCCAGCGCAGUUACAUGUUUUAUGGCCAUCACUGCUUUCCAGUUCUUCAUUUCUAUUAUUAUGAUCAGCUUCAAGUGCACUGCUGCUAUUUGGCCGAAAUUUGGUCUCAAUUUGAUGUUUUGAACAAAGAGUUUGAAUGAUAAA